AGUUAACCAUACAGCUAACAUCAAACUCAGUACGUACCAAACAUCCAAAUGUGUUACUGUGAUGGCCAAGAAUACUUGAGUUAGUCGUCGAAGUCGUCGAAGUUUAAGCAACGUGAGUGGAUGUGUUUUCUUGUCAUAACGCUGUUAAUAAUUGGCAAGCAUAUUUUAUUUGGUAACAAGCAAACAAAUCAAUCAAAGUUACUUGAACAUAGAAAAAAAAAUCCGCAGACUGUCUAUUGAAAUACAAGCGUGUAAGCGUUUGUCUUUCUCUCUAGUUGCCGCGGUUGGACACAUAGUGGAAGGAUGUUUAUUUUUUGGUUUUUAAAAUCAGUGGAUUAAAAAUCAAACAUAAAAGCAAACAAUCGAGUUACAUAGGGUAAGCAUGCGCGCAUCACCAACAAGCAUCAGCGAUCAAACCAUGUACUGAAAAGAUUGUGUCUGCGCCUAUUGUGCUGCCUGUGUGUUUUGCUGCAUAAAUGCAUUGCCCGAUGUGGAUCAGUUAGUUAGGCAUGGUCCGUCAAGAAAGACGGUCGAUGGCUAUCAGUGCGUCGUCAAGAAUGUGUGUCGUCAUAAAAAAGACGAGGCGUACGCGGUACUUAUUUCACGGGAUGCUAAUGGUGAUCUGCGUAUUGCAAGUACAACAUAUUGCAUUUGCCUAUGAAACGGAAAUAGCCAAUAUGGGCCAGAGAGCCCAUCAACCGAAAUUCGGUGAACGUCUGUUACCGUUACGUAAAACGAAUGUGAAUUUUCAUGGUAGCCUUAACGUGGGUACUAAUAAAUCGGGCGUGAGUUCAAGAGCUGCGACUAACGCGGAAAGAAAUGUAUAUAGUUUAUUACAUAAAAGCAAUUAUUUAGUGAGUCAAGAAAAACACGAGAAAGCAAGGCGACGCAUUGAGGCAGUAAAUAACAUUAGUCAAGAUUCUGAAACUUUUACUUUGCCCAUGUCUACUAUAGAUGAUACCUACGAUACAAUAACGACUAUGCCAAGUAAGCGAGAAGCAAAGCAGUUGAACCGGCGAGAAGACGCUAACGUUGUUGAUAUGGUAGCUGUGCUGGUAAGCAACAUAUCGAAAGCUGAUCGUUUAGUGGAAAUGUCCACCGAAUUUUUUAUAGUGCCAACGAGUUCACCAGCUUUAUCACUAUCCAGUUCGUCGGCUGCUUCGCGGGUGAUUGGCUCAAAAGCUCGUGGUUUGCAAAAUUUUAUACAGCCCACCGUUCAAUCACCGGAUAAUCCGAGAUCGGUGAUAAUAGUAGCUACGAAAAACUCAGCUAGUGUUAAUAGCUCGACCACACAGCCUACGAUAGUGUCGACACACCCAAACUUUGCGGGCCUACGUAAAGAACCUUGGGUUGUGCCAGUGCUGGUUUUGGCAGCACUUACCAUGUUCAUGAUGGUGGCAUUUGAGAUAUUCGUGCUGUUCAAGGCCUGGCGAACUUCACCAUCACGUCGGCAUGUUUUUUUAGGUCAAAUGUUGCUGCUCGGCUUAUUUGCUUGUGCUGGCUUGGGUGCUCUAAUAACCGCUCAACCGUCGUUAUUGAGCUGCGGUACCGUACGCUUUGGCGUCGGUGUAGCAUACGCUUUGGUUUUUGCGGCUUUGUUGGUAAAAUGUGUUUUCCUGAUUAGCCUGAAUGGCGGCGUUUAUUUGCCAGCCCCAUAUUUGGGCCUGUUGCUAUUGUUUGCAGUGCUUAUACAAGUAGUUAUAGGCACGCAGUGGUUAAUAACACAACCUCCGGAAAUUUACACGCAGAGUGUGCCCGCAGUUAGCAGCAGCAUGUUAGCAUCUACGAUGGCUUCACAUUCUGAGCGCAGCUCAAGUCCACACUUUACCUCUGUAUUUCACAAUGCGGCAAACAAUGUCGACGUCUACGCCCGGGUAUCAUCCACCGGAACAGUUUUAAUACCUUUAUGUAAAACGCAAUAUUCCGAGCUUUUAUUUUCGCUUAUUUACAUUAUAUUUCUGAUAAUAUUCGUGGCUGUGUUAGCCAUCAAGUCAAGAGGAAUACGUGAUAAUUACCGUGAAGCUCCUUACAUAGGUUUAGCUAUAGGUGGUGCUAUACCUAUCUGGUUGGGUUGGAUGUUGUGUGGUUUAGCUGUCGCCGAACGUCACAAAGACGCUUGCAUAGCAUUUGGUUUAGUGGCCACUUCUGCCACUGUAUUUCUGGUAAUGUUUAUGCCAAAGGGACGUCAACUGGCUGCUAUGGGCAAAGAAGGUCUCUACGUAGAGGAUCGAGAUGAACAAUUUAGUUCAAUCAGUCGUGGCGGUUCUGGUUAUUCUCCAUCGUUCUUUCACUUUAAACCUAUUAAAUACGGAGUAAUGGGCGGUGGAGGAGCGGCAUUCCAAAAUUCAACAUCAACAACAGCAGGGAAUGCGGCAAAUUUUAAACAUGUAUCAAACGGGCUAAAUUCAGGAGAUCGCGUUGCUUUGGUCACUGCUGCACCACCGAGCUAUACACGUAUGUAUCACUAUUUUCCAGCACAUUUGACAACGCACCCGUUUUGUUUUUAUCCACAACCCCCACCACCACCAUUACCACCAAUACCACCACCCACAAUGACACAAUUGCCAGCACCGCCAACACUCAAGCAAUUAGGCAAUUCGUUGGGCUCCAUGACACAAGCACAUAUAGCACAAACAAUACGUUAUCCAGGAAUAUUCAUACGACCUGAUGAAACGAAUGUAUACACCACCUUGGAACCUACUUUAAGCAGUAAUCCUAAUGUAUAUUUCCAACGCGGUGGAGCUGUGCAUCCAGGCAUGAUGUACUAACACAGACAAUGUUGUAAUAAUUUAUAUUUAAGAUAUAAGUUAGAAAUUAAACAAUAAGAAUUUAGUAUAACAUCAUCGUAUCAUUUUCUCUGUUGCUCCCAAGGAGUCAAAUUUACGUAUAAGCGCAUAUUAAACUAUAUAGAGUAGAAUGGAUUUUUGACGGAAAAACAACAAGGACGAUUAAGAGAGAAAGAAUAAGAGAGAGAGAGAGAGAGAGAGAGAGAGAGAGAGAGAGAGAGAGAGAGACAAUUUAUAAUACCACCAUCAUCAUUAAGUAGUCCUAGAUUUAAUCAUAAAUUCGUAACUACAUUUAAUAAAUAUCGUAGUUAAAUUUGGAAAAUGAAAAUGAAAACAAAGCAGAAAAUGAAAACAAACGCAAAAG